AUGACGAGGCCCUUGGUGGAAGUGAGGUCACCCUUAGGCAGCUCAAGUGAGAGAGAAAUCAAGCGGCUCCAACAAAAGAUACGUGAAAAAGACGACAUCAUUUUCCACCAAGAAAAAGAUCUGGUUGCAUUUUCAAAGACCAUCAAAGAUCUUCAGAUGGAUGAUGGAAAGCUGAACGAAAUAGACAACAGAUGGAAAGAGUUUCAAUUGUUCAUGCAAGCCGCUAUGGACACCAAAUUGGGGAUCGAAACGCGAUGUUUAAUUCACAAGAACCAAGCUAUCGAAAAUGUCCUAAAGAAGACCAGAAAUGAUCUGGCGGACUCUCGUGAAAAACAAAGUCAAGCGAUACGAGACCUCCAAGCAAGUGCAUUUCAUCUUGAGGACCCACAACAAUGGUCGUCGGAUACAGACAAUGAAAUCAGGCAGCAGCUCGGAGGCCUUGAAAAGCGCGCAAAAGCAUGGUGCCGUGCCAACUGCGUCAAGAGGCUAUCCCUCCAAGGGGAACUACCAGCUAAUCCUCCCCGUGGGUGGGAAGCUGUGUUGCGCUAUAAUGCGAAUGUGUUUGCCCAGUAUGAUCAGCAUUUACCGCAAAUAAUCCUCCAGGCGCUUCUCAUGCACUGCAUCUAUGGUGAGAUCUUCGCCAAGCCACUCUUCUUCCUUCCGUGGCGAGUGCAGGGAGCAGGGGGAGCAGAGGGGGGAGAAGCGGGCACCGAGAUGAUCGCGCGCCAAGAUCUAUCCGAGGUUAUGGUAGGGAUUAUACACGAGAUUACGCGAGGAAACCUGGCAGAGGGAAACUCCUGGCGAUGCAAUUUACUGAGAUCGCUUGACCCGAAGCCGACGGGCAAUGAGCCUGAGCUCAGAGUACUGGAAGCCACUAAGAACAGAACCGAAAUGGCCCGUGAAGCAGCAGCAAACAGCCUCAUGGAGGCAUUUUUGAAGAAUUCCGCGACACUUCCUAUCUCUUCAAGUGCAUCUGAGAGAACCGCGGUUGGGGAGCUACGACAAAUAUUUGUCACUGCGGCGCAUUUAUCCUACAGACUGUGGUUAAGAAAGAGCUACUUGGAGGUGCAGACCAUGGAGAAGAUCCCAGCUAACUACAAUCGCCAGAAUUUGGAGUUACUGAGAGCUCACUCUCUGCAUACUGCAUUUUUGGAGAAAGAUGAAGCGGGGUUGAAUGACUGCCUUAUCCGUGUUGUUGUUCAUCCAGCAUUGAUUGUUCAUGGGUCGAGCGAUGGCACAAACUAUGAGAAGACCAGGGUGUGGAAAGAGGCUGUGGUGUGGAUGGGGUAG